AUGACGACGCGGCCGAUAGCGCCGUAUCUGGAGCGCUGGGAGGAGCAGAAGGAGCAGAGCCGUAGUCAACGUCGGACGCAGCCAAGGUGGUGUAUUGACAGUGACGCGGGUGACGAGCUGAGCUUCAUCUCGGCCAUUGAGCGUGAGGCGCAGAGCCCUCAUGGGGGCGAGAAUGGGUACGAGAUCUUUGAUUUGCCGCCGUUAGACGCGUUUCCGGAUCCGAAAAUUGCAGAAGAGACGCAGAAACAGAUGCCGAUGGACGACGAGUUUGUGGAUGCGGCGAUUUUUCUGAAAGAGAACGAGCUGGGUGGAACCAGCAGCUUCUCGGAUGAUGGAAACGAAAAGUGGGAGCACAGACACGCGAUGGGACGGCCAAGUGACUUUUUUGAACAAAAGUCGCGCAAUUUGGAUCACGUAGAGCUUUCUUCAUCUAGCAAUACGGAUGACGUUAUGCUGCAAGACGGUGGAGCUGAGGAUGAUGCUGGUGGAAGUAUGCUGGGUUCUCCUCAGCAGCCGUCGUCUCCGGUUGAUCCGGUACAGGGCGUAGCGCUCCAUGAUCACUUUGGCCGCGACUCGGGGCUGUCAGGAUCGGACACAGCAUUUUCGUCUGGAUAUGAAGUUAGUUCUGACCACGACGGGCUGAUGUACAUACCAAGAUCGCUGAAGCAUCUACAGGGGAAGACUCAAUCGAAAACCGACAGUGAAAAAGAUGACGUAGACAAGCGUGACAAUACCCGUAUAGACCAUGUCGGUGAGGCAAAGGCGGUGGCUUCAAAGCACCGCCCGUUCCUGGACCAGGCGUUUCCCGAUGAUCCGUCACCGGAAUAUAUGGCCAUGCUGCAGCGCGGACCAGUCAUUAUCAAAGAAGCCCUACAAGAAAUUGACGCCGUGAUUGACAACUCGGUCCAAUUAGCGUCAGCGCCAUAUGCAAAGACCGCGCUUGGCAUUGAGCUAUCAGAAGACAUACGUGAGUUUGUCCGUGAUUACGAACAUCCCCUCGAAUCCAUGCUACCGCUUUCACGAACGACAGAUAGUUGGGGAGACGAUACGUCCAUUUCCCAGGUUGACGACGACGUAAACCGACGUAGUCGAGAUUUUGACUCAUUUUCCAGUGGCAUUGGAUCUGGCGUGCAGGUCACGAAAGGCGUGAGAAGAAGUAGGUCGCAAGAGACGCCAGAGCUUGGUACCAUUCGCGAAGUCCCGUGUUCAUCCAGCGCCAUUACUUCACCUCAAAGUCGAAAAGUAAGUGGUUCUCGCCAUCCUCAUCCGGGUGCUCACGCUUCACGAACACAGAACGAUCUUGGCCUCUCUUCGAAUGACGGAGCUCCAGAACAGCGGGAGGACAAUUUGCAGAAGCGACAUUCUGAAGAGAAUCGUAUUUCAGAUGUGUCUCAGCAUGUAACCGAAGAUGAUUGUAGGAGCUAUCGUGGGCCGGAACUUUGUACCGCGUCAACUACACAAGAUCGAACGCUGGAAAAACUGGUAGCUAUCGAAAACCCGUUCCGCAACGACAUGGACCGGUCAAAGUAUGAUCACAUCAGUCGUGGAAACGACGAAGAGCGUGCUGGCGUUUGCACAGGGCCUUGCAUAAGCCAUGCUGAUUGUAAAAGGAGUCACUAUAAUGGAGUUCACGAGCAUUCUAGAAUAGCCGGAGAUCCACUGGUGAGUUCACAUUCGGAGAACGCCGGUCUGAAUGCCGCACACUGUCGUCCCAGGGAGAAUGGCUGCCAGUUGUGCGGUGUGUCGAGGAAGAAUCGUCAAUACGCUACAAAUAAUGAUUUCGAGCCGGAAACAAGUGCUGCAUAUCGACAAUCGACGGCAUCUGACAGACUUAUUGAUGCGCUUGACCGCAACGAACUUCACUUGGCGACGGACGUUUCUAAGGCUCCACAUCGAAGCCGAAGGUUCCUUUGUUCUGUCGGUGACGUAAUGACGGAACAGAUCAUUUUCACAAACGAAACGAGUUCAGUUGGGAGAAUUUGUGUCUCACUUCUGCCUCUUAGCACUGGAUGUCAGCAGUUUAGCGUAUCGCCAGCGGUGCUGGAGCUGGGACCCAAAGCAUCCAGUGCGUUUCAUGUUACCUUCAGCGCGCGUUAUGCCGGCGCUGUAUCGGGAGUAUUUCAGUUUAGAGGAGUCGGCGUUGAUUCGUUGUUUGACCCGUAUGAAAUCGUGAUCGAAGCAAGCGUGAAGCGGCAAUCUGAAUCACAAGCGUUACGCAGCUCAAGAACAGCACGUCGGUAUCAAGAAACAGACGUUGUCGGGAUGGGUGUUCAGGGAGUACAAGCUAGCUCCUCAACCGAACAUGUGGCAGUCACUCCCGCGUGUAUUCGGUUUGUUUGUGUCCGAGGUAAGAAUGGCGAGCAGGUAUUCCGAAAAGGCAAGCUUCGUUUGGCGAACAACACAGCUCAGGCAUUGCCGUUCAAAGUUCGCGCGCUUGACAACAUUCGGAUAAGCCCGGCGUCUGGAAUGAUCCAGCCAGCGUCGGAAGUCACUGUGUCAGUGGUACCGUUGUCGCAGCCGGUUGCUCCUCACCGUCUCGAAGAAGACUGGGUUGAUUCGCUUACAGUUCGAGUUGGCAGAACCUACACGCGCAAAGUGGGUCUUGUGGUGGACCAGCGUGUGAUUCAAAUGCUUCCACCGUGUGACAAGAUCGUGCGCUUUCGGCACCAGCUUUCCCCACAGACAGAUUCGUUUUACUACGCCAAGCGUGGCCGGCGACGUGGCUUGUACUUCCAUGCCGUAGCAGUUGAAUUUGGAUGCUGCAAUGUUGGUGACUCGCACGAGGUGCCAGUGCAGGUGUGCAAUGGAUCAGCAAAACCGAUGACGGUCUUCCUACAGAACCUGCAAGAGCCUUUUUCGUGUAACUUUUCCACGACCACCAUCAAGCCUCGGAAGUUUAUUGAGGUGAUGGUAACAUUUACCCCCAAAGUUGCGGGCAAAGUUGCUACGUCAGUUUUUGCCUACUCGGUUGAUGAAAAAGCAGUGCUUACGCUCGUCGCUCGUGGAAUCUAG